UAACGCACCAACCUCAAACGUCGGCCCGGCCGAACGAAACUCGCGGAUUGGACGACUUACCUGCUGCACCGCAUGAGCCAAUCACAGCUCCGAUUCAUGACGCACUGCGCGUGACCGACCGUAUACAGAUACGUUCUCGCCGCUCCCGCGCAGUCCGGCAACCGACGCGAUACGAUUAAUAUAUGUUUAAUGAUAAGUUGUAAAUCACUACAGUAUUUAGUGCUUAAUUUCUAAUAAGUUUCCCAUAAGAACAUUACGAGUGUAAUUAUUCAACAGAAUACACUUUUUAUUCAGUAUCGGUGUCGUUUUCACUUUUAAAUAGCCUCCUCAUCCGAACCCCGAGCUAGCUGGCGCUACAAAAUGGCUGCCCAAGUGUGAGGCUAUAGUGAAAAAGUGGACUUUUGUGCCGUGAUUCAUUAAAAUAAACAAUAUAGUGUAAUAAAAUGCCGCCUAAAUCAAGGAGAAAUCGACGUGUGUCGACGCCGACGCGAGAUGACCUCGAGCCCGCUCGAGAAGGUUCUUUCACGAGAGAUGACGUCGCGACGCUUGUGGAUUCGUUGCAACGGUCGCAAACCAACGCCUUCAGGGAACUGCUGGAAAGCGUCAUCACAACCUCUAGGCACCCGUCGUCGUCUACUACAUCGACACCGUUUCUUGUAGAAGGAGGAAAUUUCUCUCGCUGCAAAGCUCGAUUCGCUGGAAAUGCGGAAGAGUCCAUCGAAGGUUUUAUUGACGCCAUUGAGGCCUACAAAGAUUGUGCCAACAUCUCGGACGAUAACGCCAUUCGUGGGUUAUCAAUGCUACUAACGCAUUCAGCCGCAGAUUGGUGGCAGGGCAUAAAACCGGAGAUAACUUCAUGGGCCGAAGUCAUUGAUAGUUUGCGCCAUACCUACGGCGACAAUCGAGCUCCACCACGCAUUUACCGUGACUUAUUCGCCACACCACAAGGCGAAGAAAAUACACAUGUUUUCGUCGCAAAGUGUAGAGCGUUGUUGGCAAAAUUGCCGCGUAGCGAGUUGGCCGAGAAGGUACAAUUGGAUAUGGUGUACGGACUGUUAAACAAACGUAUACGCAAACGUGUUAAGAGGGAAGAGUGUAAGAUAUUGUUACAAAAGGCGCGCGCUGUCGAAGAAUCGUUGAACGAGAGUACGAACGAUACAAAGGCCGCCGCCGCUUCCAAGAACGUGAGCUACGCCUCGCCGAGUCGUCCCGUCGCCGUGUCAAAGCCGCCGCGCGCUGCCGCGAGCGCGAGCGCCGCGCCGCCGUCCCGCGAGCCCCGCGUGCCUCCGCCGCGUCGUUUAGAUGAUAACAGUGAUAACAAUACAGCGUCCGCGUCCGCCGCGAAAUCUAAGUCGUAUAGUAAAAAGUGCGGGUAUUGUAAACGUUACGGCCACGUAAAAGAAGAAUGUAGAAAACUAAAUAAAGACACUAGUGGUACGUCUAACGAUAAUAAUAAUAACACAUCAGAUGUUAAUGUCUUACGUUGUUAUGGUUGUGGUCAAGUAGGUGUUAUACGCGCAAAUUGCGAAAAAUGUAAUGCUACUUUCUGUACUGUCAACUGCAGCAUGGAUUCGUCCAAUCCAGGGUUAAAGGACACUGGUAAGCAGACUAAGAAGCUCUCCCCGGUGAGUAGUACUCUUAACUCUAUACCUAAGGUUCAAAAUGAUAAGCUUGACGAGAUCUUUUUGUCUCCCACUGAUUUUCGACAUGCACUUCCUGCAAAUUUCUUUGGUGACGGUUUAGUAGCAAAGCCGGUGUUUGCCCCGCGCCGCCGACAGCUCCCAGGAUGA